CUCACUAUUCACGUAAAGAUACUUUGAAGUGAGCAGGGGAGAUGGGUCGACAAUAAGUAUAAUCCUCGUCUACAUCCAGACAAGAUGAACUUUUCCUUAUUUUGUUUUUGAUAUCUUCUUACUUGCACCUUUUGCAAGAGAUCAAAGUUUGUAUAAUAUAGUAAGUACUAAGUAGCGAUGGUGGCGCCAACGACAAAUUCCACCUGUUUAUCUGGUGGGCAACCAGUAACUAUUCAGAAUGCAACUUCGUGGAAUGAUAUUGGAUGUCCAAAGGGGUUUUACUGUGAGUAAAAGAACAAACUCAGCAGGCCAAUUGGUGCAAGAAAGAACUAAUGUCAUUUCUCCUCGUAGGUCCAAAUAAUAAUGCGACAUUUCUUCCACAAUAUUGCCCUCCAAAUCCUGUUUGUCAAGGAUUGAGGUUAGCAGGAGGAUCAUGUAUACCAACCAUGGGAACUUUCGAACCCUCAAUUUGUGAAGCCGGAUAUUUUUGCCCUCCACCAGGAAAGGAACAAAUACCAUGUCCCGAGGGAUCUUACUGUCGCCAAGGAUCAUAUGAAGCAACCAAAUGUGCAAUUGGCUCGAGAUGUCCGGAGAAAAGUAUCAGAGACAUGAACGUUACUCCUUUGGCUGUCUUGAUAAUUGUGGAUGUGUUUAUGGUGCUUGCGGCACUUGGCAUAGGUUUGAAGCGGAAAUUCAGCAGUAGGGUUCAGAAUAGCUCGAAGGAGAAGAGAUCGAAUAGGACCACAUUCACAAAACCUGGCAUGUUUCGAGGAAAAGAAUAUUCUCAAAUCCAUGACGAGCAACUACAAUUAGCGCGAGAACAAAGUGAUAUUGCUAUGGAAGAGAGGAUCAUGAAUCUUCAAAGGCGGCCUACAGGAUUUGAGGAGUUGGGUAACAUGGAUGACGAAUUUGCAUAUGACGGUGAAGAUGCGGGAGAAGAGCAAGUCAUGAACACUGAUUUGCAAUUAUUUGUGCAAUCUUUGUCGAAAUGCUUCGGAGGAUCUAAAUUUGGAUUGUCAUUUGAAUUCGAGGAUUUGAAAUUUCAUCCACCAAAGACAAAGAAACCUAUUCUUUCACAAGUCUCGGGUUUGAUUGAUGCUGGGAGUUUGUGGGGAGUAAUGGGUGCUUCGGGAGCCGGAAAAUGUAACACUCAUCUAUUUGCCCCCUCUUCACCUCCAAAGCUAACGAGUAAUAGCUACCUUUGUAAAUGUUCUCAUGGGUAAAACGAAAAAUACUGGAGGAGUUACCAAAGUCAAUGGAGUUGCUGGUGAUAUCGCAAAGUAAGUUUAAUUAUGGUGUAUCUGCCGACCAAUUCUUGAAACGAGCUAACAAUCACAGGUAUAAGAAAAUCAUUGGCUAUGUUCCCCAAGAUGAUAUCGUUCUACCUGAGCUUACUGUUCGGGAAAAUAUCCUUCAUUCUGCUCGAAUCAGAUUACCAUGUACAUGGAAGGAGGGCGAAAUUCAGCACCAUGUUGAUGUAUUACUUGCUUGUCUUCAGCUUUCCCACGUAAAAGAUUCUUUGGUAGGUAGUACUGCUGCUCCUGUCAUUUCAGGUGGUCAAAGAAAAAGAGUUAGUAUUGGUAUGGAGUUAGCAGCUGCACCUAUGUAAGUUUUCACUCCAAAAUGUCUGCCGUCUCUUGACUUACAUUAUUGCUAGGGCUCUUUUUCUUGACGAACCUACUUCUGGUCUGGAUGCCACAGCUGCCAAUUCUAUCAUGAAAACCCUCAAAGCUCUCUCACGACUUGGUAUGACAAUUGUAACUAUUAUUCAUCAACCACGUCAAGAAAUUUUCGAGUCUCUUGACAGUCUCGUACUCCUCGGUGCAGGACGAAUGAUUUACCUAGGACCUCAAGUAGGUGUAAAGCCCCACUUCGAAAGUCUUGGUUUCAAAUUCCCCGAACAUGGAAAUCCUUCUGAUGUCAUGGGUGAUAUUAUUGCCGGUGAAGGACGUCUGUACAAACCUAUUGGAGAUGCUAGUAUCCAACCUCUUAUCGAACAUUGGCAAAAUCAUCCCGAUGACCCAUUCGAGGAUGUCAAAGGUCCUGGUGUUUCUAUGGCGGAAUCCAACGCUCUUUCUUCAACAAUCAAAUCUCGUGGUACAUACUGGUAUCGACAAAUUUGGUUCUGCUUCCAACGUUCUGUGCUUCAACAAUAUCGUAUGAAAUCAUCCUUUUUCUUCGAGCUUGGUGUCGGCGCCAUUUCAGGUUUCUUGAUCGGUCUCGCAGAACUCAACCAGAAGGGUGAAAAUUUCCGUGGUAUAUUUAUUGAACCAUAUGAGAUGCUCUCUUCUUCAAUUGAUUACAGUUCCGUUCCCCAGAUGGCACUUCUCGUUGGCCUCGCUAUUGGUCUUACAGCAUCCGCACCAGGAGUAAAAGUCUUUGGUGAGGAAAAGUUGGUUUACUGGAGAGAAGCUGCCGCUGGACAUAAUCGCUUUGCUUAUUAUGUCGGAAAAGUCAUCUCGACGAUUCCUCGUAUGAUUCUUGCCAACUUCCACUUCACAGUUUUCUUCGCUUUGAUGACAACACCAAUAAUCAGCUGGAUUGACAUUUUCGCCGCUAACCUCCUUUAUUUCUGGUGUAUAUACGGUCUUGCAUCCUGCGUCAGCAUGAUUACCCGCCGUGAAGACGGACCACUUCUAGCAGUCAUGUCAUCUCUCAUCGUCGGUGUCCUCAAUGGUAUGUCCCCCAGUCUAAAGAAAGUCAGGGGUUGGCAUAUGGCAUGGCUCUGGAGAGCAAGUCCAGGUACAUGGUUAGCGGAAGGAUAUUUUACACAAAAUAUUAGUCCCAUGGAGUAUCUAUAUGAUAUCGAAACGGCAAAGAAUGCGGUAGGGUACCGAUUAGGUCAUUUUCAACAGGAUAUGUUGAUGCUUUUGGCAUUGGGGGCGAUAUAUAGAGUUUUUGCGUUUGUGGGGUUGAGGGGUAUGUAUAGGCAUAAACAAAGGUAGUGAGCUGACGGAAGAGGAAGUUGCGAGGAUAAAAAAGUGUAGAUAUGGGAAAUGAUUAUGGAUUGUUUAUUUUUUGGAUGCAAGGAUGCAAGGAUGGGUAUGGAUACAUAUUUUGUCGGUAUACUAGAGUACUAGAACGAUGGGAAUAUUAGAAUCUAGCUCCAUAUAGCGUGGCGUAAAUGCAAAUACUGAUAUUAUGA